GUCCUAGAAAUCACGGGAGAAGAAACGUACUUCCGGAAAUGUCCUUAACGUCACUUCCUCUCAAGCACAGAUCCCUAGGAAAGGUGGCUGCUCCACUUCAAGAUGCGUAUCGAGAAGUGUUAUUUCUGUUCCGGGCCGGUGUACCCGGGGCACGGCAUGAUGUUUGUCCGCAACGACUGUAAGGUUUUCAGAUUUUGCAAGUCUAAAUGCCAUAAAAACUUUAAAAAGAAGCGCAAUCCUCGAAAGGUCAGAUGGACGAAAGCCUUUAGAAAGGCAGCUGGUAAAGAACUUACAGUGGACAAUUCAUUUGAAUUCGAAAAACGUAGAAAUGAACCUGUCAAAUACCAGAGAGAGCUAUGGAAUAAAACAGUUGAUGCCAUGAAGAGAGUAGAGGAGAUCAAACAAAAACGUCAAGCUAAAUUUAUAAUGAACAGGUUAAAGAAGAGCAAAGAACUACAGAAAGUUCAGGCCAUCAACGAAGUCAAACAAAACAUCCACCUUAUUCGGGCACCUCUUGCAGGCAAAGGAAAACAAUUGGAAGAAAAAAUGGUGCUCAAAUUGCAACAGGAUGUGGACAUGGAAGAUGAUUCUUAGAAAUUUCACAAUGUUCUGAAACCUUCACUUAUUGCUCCAGAAAGUAUCUUGCAGAACCUUGGAACUCUUGUGCAUUUUUGUGUUAUUUUUUGUAUUAGUUCAGUAAAAGCAAAAAAAAAAAUCUCUUUUCACAUAGUAAUCUGUAAAAUGUUAAGAUGUUAAGAGUGUAUUUUAAGGUAAAGCUACAUUGAAUUUGGCAUUUUUUGUAAGUUAUGAAAGUACUAUUUGUAAUUAUAGAAGCAAAUAGAAACAAAAGGGCUAUGUCAUUUGGAUAGUGACUUCCAACAUUUAUUAACUCCUAUAAUUACAUUAUGCUUCAAGGUCAUUAAUGCAUGAAAUAAAACAUUUCUUUUUAAUAUCCUCCCUUUAUUGUAAUGGGAGUGGAAUACAGCUGUAAUGUUUAUUGAAUUAACAUUUUGUAUAGUAAUUGAUUAUAAAUUAUCUUCUCUACUUACUCUCAUUUAAAGUUUUAGAAUUUUGUUUUGCUAUUCUCUUGUUAGCAGGGUUGAAUACGGGAUAUUUUAUCAGUCUUUUACUGUGUUGCAGCAACUGCCCUCAAAGACCUUUUUAUUGGAGGAGACCAAUUAGUUAACAUGCCUUUGUUUUAAGUGCCUACUACAUGCCAGGCAUUUAUAACACAAAUACAUAAAUGAAAGAAUUCCCUUUUCAAGGAGCUGACAGUCCAGUAGAGGAAACAAGUAAAUAUAAUAUAUGGCAUCAGAAUAAGUACAAGCAUAAAGAGAAUAAGCAAAUAUGUACAAAGUAAUUAGAUUCAAGGUAGUUUUGGAGGGAGGACAGUAGCCAUUAGGGGAAAUUAGGAAAGUCUUUCAUGUAGAAGGUGGUGUUUAAUGGAGACAGCAUGAAAAUAAUUAUGUACAAAUACAAGAUAUUCAGGAGAAAUUGAAAUAAUCAACAGAGGGAACGAACUAGCAUUAAUGGGAUUCAGGAAAGUCUUGUUUUAGAAGGUUGUACUCUGUCCUGAAAGGUCCCUUUCCAUCUCCAAAUCUUAUCUUCCCAUGAGUUAGGCUUCAGAGAUGGACUCCAAGAUGGUAGGAUCUCUAAGGUUUAUAAGCAUAAAGUAUGUUACUGAUACAUUAAUGCCUUUUGGAUCUUGGCCUUUAUAAGGCACUGCAUAGUGUAAGUCAACUCACUAUUUAAAUUUAAUUUAAUAUUGUCUUUUAUGGAUCUGAAGAUUUAGUCCGAAGCAGAAAAAGUUUUUCUUUGCACAAAGCUUAGCACAUGGUUUGCAUUCCAUAUUUAACGAUGACUUUGGUUAAUAAUAUGAUGAUGCCUCAAUGAACAAAUCCCCUGGGAACAAGGCUUCUUUAUGAAGAACACAACCAUAUUAGAAAACAAAAUGAGCUCUUAUGAAGCAUCAGUAGCAUGUUUUGCAGGGUUCACUGGCAAAAGUUCUCACUACGUCAGGCUUAGUUCCAUGUGACAUGAAUGCCUCCCUAGUCAAUCUUAAGACCUAGAUGUAAAAGGGGCAAGUCCUUAACAAAGUAAUAAAGGCUGGUCUGUUUAACACGCA